UGGUUUCUUUAUCCCUUUUAACCACCGUCGCUGCUGCGAUCACCUCUGUCUCCGCUAUGGGUCAACUUGGUAUUAACCUCGGUGUUCAGGACAACCAAGGUAACUGUAAGACUGCCGAGGAAUACACCGCUGAUUUGGAAGCCUUGAAGCCAUACACCAACAUCAUCAAGACUUACGCCGUCUCUGACUGCAACACCUUGCAAAUCUUGGGUCCAGUUGCCGAGGCCGAGGGUUUCCAGAUCAUUUUGGGUGUCUGGCCAACCGAUGAUGCUCAUUUCACCGCUGAACAAAACGCCUUAAAGGCCUACUUACCGUCUAUCUCUGCCUCGACCAUCAAGGCCAUUUCUGUUGGUUCCGAAGCCUUGUACAGAGGAGACUUGACCGCCACCCAAUUGGCUUCCGCCAUCUCUACUGUCAAGAACUUGUUGCCGAGUGUUAACGACAAGAGCGGUUCCUCUUACAGUUCCAUGCCAGUUGGUUUCGUUGACUCCUGGAAUGUCCUCGUUGACGGUUCUUCCGCCCCAGCUAUCCAGGCCGCCGACUUCAUCUACUCCAAUGCCUUCUCUUACUGGCAGGGGCAGACCAACGCUAACUCGUCUUACUCCUUCUUUGACGACAUUAUGCAGGCGUUGCAAACCAUCCAGACCGCCAAGGGCUCUACCGACAUCGACUUUUUUGUCGGUGAAACCGGUUGGCCAACCGAUGGUACCAACUUCGAGUCUUCUGUCCCAUCCGUCACCAAUGCUGCCAACUUCUGGCAGGAUGCCAUCUGUGCCAUGAGAGCGUGGGGUGUUAAUGUUGCCGUCUUUGAAGCUUUCGAUGAGACUUGGAAGCCAGAGGAGUCCGGCACCGGAGACGUUGAGAAGCACUGGGGUAUCUUUGACUCUAAUCGUGCUCUUAAGUACAGUCUUGACUGCAAGUUCUAAGUGCACCCGGGCCACCUGGAGAACAGGAUAAUGUCCAAAUCCUAUAUCCCGAUACAUUAGCGAAAGGAAAAGAAUACUGCUUUACAUAGAGCCUGAAAAGUUUGUAGAAAUAUAUGCCUUGGUAUUUUCUCUAAACGAAAUGUCUAAUAUAAUACCUUCUAUGUUUUAAACCAUACGAUAGCAUAGAAGCAUACCCAUG